UUCUCAGUGGAUGACAUUUUAAAAAUGUUUUCCCAAGGAAAACACAGGCUCUACUUUAAAGCUUACUCGUUGACUCAUCCCUAAGAUCCGGACCUAAAAGCAUUUAGGCCAUGCCUAAACAACUUUGGUAGAAAUAAGAUUUUAAUAAAAAUAGCCUGAUUCAGAGCAUGAAAAGGAUGAAAACUGCCUUGAUCAUUAGUCAGCGUCAUUCUUUUUGAAAGGGAGUGAACAUUUUGCAGCUGGUAAAACCUUUUCUGCGUAGAUGAAAUAUAUCUGGGGAAUGGCACUAAGGAUACUUUUUUUUCUUCCACAGGAAUGUUGACUUGAGUACAGGAGGCUCUGUGGCUCUGAAAUGUGUUUUAUUCAUAAGGAAGGCACCCUGGUGAUAGUGUUUUGAUGAUAUUAACUGUGUUCUUGAGCAACAAUGAACAGAUUUUAACAGAAGUUCCUAUAACACCAGAAACAACAUGUCGAGAUGUUGUAGAAUUUUGCAAAGAACCUGGAGAAGGCAGUUGUCAUUUAGCUGAAGUGUGGAGGGGAAAUGAGCGUCCCAUACCCUUUGAUUAUAUGAUGUAUGAACAUCUUCAGAAGUGGGGGUCUCGAAGGGAAGAAGUGAAAUUUUUCCUUCGACAUGAAGAUUCCCCAACUGAGAGCAGUGAACAAGGUGGCCGUCAGACCCAAGAGCAAAGAACUCAGAGAAAUGUAAUAAACAUACCUGGAGAAAAACGCACUGAAAAUGGGGUUGGGAAUCCACGUGUUGAACUUACCCUCUCAGAGCUCCAAGAUAUGGCAGCUAGGCAACAACAGCAAAUUGAAAAUCAGCAGCAAAUGUUGGUUGCUAAGGAACAGCGAUUACAUUUUCUAAAGCAACAGGAGCGCCGCCAGCAGCAGUCUAUUUCUGAAAAUGAAAAGCUUCAGAAGUUGAAAGAACGAGUUGAAGCCCAGGAAAAUAAGCUGAAGAAAAUCCGUGCCAUGAGAGGACAAGUAGACUACAGCAAAAUUAUGAACGGCAAUCUGUCUGCUGAAAUAGAAAGGUUCAGUGCCAUGUUCCAGGAAAAGAAGCAGGAAGUACAGACUGCAAUUUUAAGAGUUGAUCAGCUCAGUCAGCAAUUGGAAGAUUUAAAGAAAGGAAAACUGAAUGGGUUCCAGUCUUACAAUGGCAAGCUGACAGGACCAGCAGCAGUGGAGUUAAAAAGACUAUACCAAGAGCUACAGAUUCGUAACCAGCUUAACCAGGAACAGAAUUCAAAACUCCAGCAGCAGAAGGAACUCUUAAAUAAGCGUAACAUGGAGGUGGCUAUGAUGGACAAGCGAAUCAAUGAACUACGUGAACGUCUUUAUGGGAAAAAAAUUCAGCUGAGCCGUGUGAAUGGCACGUCAUCGCCGCAGUCACCUCUGAGCACACCUAGCAGGGUUGCUGCAGUGGGGCCGUACAUCCAGGUUCCCAGCGCCAGCAGCUAUUCUGUUCCGGGGGACCCUGUGAAGCCCCAGUCUCUCACUGUUGCCCCAAGUGCUGCCCAUGGAAGAUCCAAAUCCGAUGGCCGUGGUAAACCCAGAGUGACCAGCUCGUGGACAGUGUCAGACCUCGACGUCGGGCCUGACUGUGGCUCCUCACGGCACUCUGCAACCCUGUUUGCAAACCCCAACGAUGGAAACUGGCCAACAUUAAAACAAAAUUCUAGCUCUUCAGUGAAACCAGCGCAGAUGCCCAGUGUGGACUGGAAGGACUCAAGCGUGGAGGGGCCUCUCAAGCAGGGGACGGUCUCAAGCCAGCCUGUGCCUUUGUCGGCUUUAGGAGCCACAGAGAAGCUGGGCAUCGAGAUUGGUAAAGUGCCACCCCCCAUCCCUGGUGUCGGCAAGCCACCGCCUCCGAGCUAUGGGACGUACCCAAGUCCUGCUCCCGUGGGCCCAGGGUCGACAAAUUCCCUGGAGAGGAGAAAGGAGGGCAGCUUGCCCAGGCCCAGCGCAGGCCUGCCCAGUCGGCAGAAACCUGCACCGCUGCCCACUGCAGGCGGCACCCACCAGCCAGGUUCCUCGCAGCAGAUUCAGCAGAGGAUUUCUGUGCCGCCAAGUCCCACGUACCCAUCAGUGGGGCCACCUGCAUUUCCAGCUGGGGAUGGCAAACCUGAACUCCCCCUGACUGUGGCCAUUAGGCCCUUUCUGGCUGAUAAAGGGUCAAGGCCACAGUCCCCCAGGAAAGGACCCCAGACAGUGAAUUCAAGUUCCAUAUACUCCAUGUAUCUCCAGCAAGCCACACCACCUAAGAAUUACCAGCCAGCGGUGCACAGCACUUUAAAUAAGUCGGUUAAAGCAGUGUACGGUAAACCUGUUUUACCAUCCGGUUCAACGUCCCCCUCCCCAUUACCGUUUCUUCACGGGUCGCUGGCCACAAGCACGUCGCAGCCCCAGCCACCUUCAGAAAGUGCUGAGAAAGAGCCAGAGCAGGACAGCCCUGCCCCACCUGGAGAUGGCACGGGCACUGUGGAGAGCCUGCCGCGGCCGCUCAGCCCCACCAAGCUCACACCCAUCGUGCACUCGCCACUGCGCUACCAGAGCGAUGCCGAUCUGGAGGCCCUGCGCAGGAAGCUGGCCAACGCGCCCCGGCCCCUGAAGAAGCGCAGCUCCAUCACGGAGCCCGAGGGCCCUGGCGGACCCAACAUCCAGAAGCUGCUGUACCAGCGCUUCAACACUCUGGCCGGGGGCAUGGAGGGCACCCCUUUCUAUCAGCCCAGCCCCUCACAGGACUUCAUGGGCACCCUAGCCGAUGUGGACAAUGGAAAUACCAACACCAAUGGGAACCUGGGAGAGACCAGCCCCGCCCAGCCCACAGCCCCGCUCCCCACCGAGCCUGCCCCAUCCUCAGACGCCAACGACAACGAGCUCCCUUCUCCUCACCCAGAGGGGCUCAUCUGUCCCCCAACCACCCACCAAAGAGCUGAGCCUGCCGAGGACGACAACAACAACAUAGCCACAGCCCUGUCCACAGAGCAGGUCCCCAGCCCUGGGGCCGAGGCCCCCUCUCCAGAGGAAGAGCAAGUCCCUCUACCACUUCCCCCUGCCGUGCUCCCGCCAGCAGCCUCUACGAGUAAACGGACCAACCUGAAGAAGCCUAAUUCCGAGCGGACGGGGCACGGCCUGAGAGUCCGGUUCAACCCCCUGGCGCUGCUCCUAGAUGCUUCUCUGGAAGGAGAGUUUGACUUGGUGCAAAGGAUCAUCUACGAGGUGGAAGACCCCAGCAAGCCCAACGACGAAGGAAUCACCCCACUGCACAAUGCGGUCUGCGCCGGCCACCACCACAUCGUGAAGUUCUUGCUGGACUUCGGGGUCAACGUGAACGCUGCUGACAGCGAUGGCUGGACGCCGCUGCACUGCGCCGCCUCUUGCAACAGCGUGCAUCUCUGCAAACAGCUAGUAGAGAGCGGCGCCGCCAUUUUUGCCUCGACCAUCAGCGAUAUUGAAACUGCUGCAGACAAGUGUGAAGAGAUGGAGGAAGGCUACAUCCAGUGUUCCCAGUUUUUAUAUGGGGUGCAGGAGAAGUUGGGCGUAAUGAACAAAGGAGUGGUGUAUGCUCUGUGGGCCUAUGAGGCCCAGAACAGUGACGAGCUGUCCUUCCACGAGGGCGAUGCCAUCACCAUACUAAGGCGCAAGGACGAAAGCGAGACUGAGUGGUGGUGGGCUCGCCUCGGGGACCGGGAGGGCUACGUGCCCAAAAACCUGCUGGGGCUGUAUCCCCGGAUCAAACCCCGACAGCGAACGCUCGCCUGAACUGCCCACUGGAGCACCCACUGCACAGGCUCGCCAGCAACGAGGAGCCACUGGAGGGAUCGUUCUGCUGUUUCCCCGGGAAAGCUGAAGCCAGACAUGGUUUUAAUGGUGCUCACUUUAGCAGACCGUGUCCACAAUGUGAAAUUGCUGCAGUUUCUAGGUGAGGCCCUUUCUCCAGUUUGCCCAUAACUGGGAGAGGUACUUUCACCUCUGAGAAGACUAAAUUUUGCCAAUUACUGUAAAUCUAAAUAAAUACCCAGCUUUCUAAACAACUGCCCCUGUUGCCAAUAAGAAGCCCUAUGAUACCCCCAGUUGGUUGCCAAUGAAGACAAAUGCCCUGACUGACUUGGCCCCAAGGCCGUUCCUCGUUCUUGAUGUCAUCCCACCCCCCAAUAGUGAAAACUUGCAGCUGCCAUGAGGUGUGCCCCCCGCUACAGCCCGCCCUCCUGUUACUGGGCAUCACAGACACCCACCAUCCUCUCACCCUCACCACACGCGUUUCUUCCCCUUGUGACCAAAGGAGCCCCUGUAUGGAAACUCCUGCCCAGUGGUGGUGCCUGGUGUGUGUGUCCUGGCGUGGGUGCUCCACUUCCUGUUCCGGAUGUUGGUCUAGGUCACCUACAGGCUGAUGGCGCUGAGCUGGACUUCCAUGCCCUGGGCACAAGGGCCCUUGAGACCAGGUGAUGCUGUCAGGAGCCUCAACACAGCACUGCCUUUUCUGUGGCCUCUUGCUGCUCAGGUGUGGUUCUUACCCCUCACAACGUGGACGUGCUGUGCUCUGAGUGCAGGCAGACCCUGCAGCCCACGGGCCAGGAGGCUGAGGGUGGUCAGCGGGGUUGGGGUGGACAUGGGGAAGCCUGCGCGUCAGGAGGGGCAGCUGUGGGGCAGAAGGGCCAGGGGCCCAGCCUCCCCAGUCCGGCCAGCUGUGAUGCAAUAACCUUUGCCCCAGGUCCAGACUGAAAGCAAGUAAGGCACUUCCCUGAAGUUUGAACUGUACACACGGGCUUUUAUAUACCAGAAGUAUUUUUUGACUAGACCAUUUAAAACUACCAGAAUGACAGACAUUGGAAAUGUUGUUUUCUCAUUAAAAUCCAGGCCCUUAGCCUUUAUUUUCCA